UUCUUAUUCCUCACCAAAAUGCAGCGCGGACUCCCUAUGCAACCUACGGUGGUCCUCCUGCGGGAGGGCACCGACACCUCACAGGGCAAGCCGCAGUUGCUCUCUAACAUCUCAGCAUGCCUGGCGAUCGCGGAGACGCUCUCUAGCACCCUGGGCCCCCGCGGCAUGGACAAGCUGAUCGUGUCCGAGCGCGGGGAGGCGCAGAUAACAAACGAUGGGGCGACGAUACUUAAGCUCCUCGAGAUCGUGCACCCCGCGGCCAGGACACUGGUGGACAUCGCGCGCGCUCAGGAUGCUGAGGUCGGCGAUGGAACCACGGGUGUUGUUCUCUUCGCGUGCCAGCUUCUCAAGGAAAUUCGCGGGUACAUCGAGGAGGGCGUUAGCCCGCACAUCAUCAUGAAGGGCUUUAGACAGGCUUCGCAGAUCGCUCUGGACAGGAUCAAGGAGAUUCAGGUCUCGGUGGACAAGUCGGAUCCUGAGCGCUUCCGUUCCCUCCUGCUCAAGUGUGCCUCGACCUCGAUGUCCUCCAAACUCAUCCACUCCGAAAAGCCCUUCUUCUCGAACAUGGUCGUCGACGCGGUGCAGUGUUUGGACCAGGACGAUCUCGACGAGUCCUUGAUCGGUGUCAAGAAGAUCGCUGGUGGCGGCAUGCAAGACUCGAUGCUCGUUAAGGGUGUCGCCUUCAAGAAGACGUUCACCUACGCCGGUGCCGAGCAGCAGCCCAAGUCCUUCCGCGAUCCCUUGAUUCUCUGCCUCAACGUCGAGCUCGAGUUGAAGGCCGAGAAGGACAACGCGGAGGUUCGGGUAGACGCCGUAUCGGAAUACCAGGCGAUCGUCGACGCGGAGUGGGAGAUUAUCUACCGCAAGCUGGAGGCUAUCGAGAAGACGGGUGCGAAGGUCGUUCUCAGCAAGCUACCAAUCGGCGAUCUCGCGACGCAGUGGUUCGCCGACCGCGACAUCUUCUGCGCGGGUCGCGUUGCUGCUGGUGACCUGCGUCGCGUUGUUCAGGCUACUGGUGGUGCUAUCCAAUCUACCUGCUCUGAUAUCUCCCGCGAGCAUCUUGGCACUUGCGGAAGGUUCGAGGAGCGCCAGAUUGGUGGCGAGCGGUACAACCUCUUCGAGGACUGCCCCAACGCCAAAACUUGCACCUUGAUUCUGCGUGGUGGCGCGGAGCAGUUCAUCGAGGAGGUUGAGAGGAGUCUGCAUGAUGCGAUCAUGGUGGUCAAGCGCGCUGUGAAGAACGGUGAGGUGGUAGCUGGCGGUGGCGCGAUCGAGAUGGAUCUGUCCGCGCACAUCCGCAAGCACGCCCUCUCCAUCCCCGGCAAACUUCAGGCCGUCCACAUUGCCUUUGCCAAGGCUUUGGAGAUUAUUCCACGCCAAAUCUGCGAUAACGCUGGCCUCGACUCCACCGACAUUCUGAAUAAGCUGCGGAUGAGGCAUCACAACGGCGACAUGUGGUAUGGCGUUGACGUCGACGGUGCAUCGGGCGUGCGCGACAACAUGGCUGCGUUCGUCUGGGAGCCCAGCUUGGUGAAGCUGAACGCGAUCGCCAGUGCGGCGGAGGCGGCUUGCCUCAUUUUGAGCGUGGACGAGACCGUUCGCAACCCCCAGAGCGAGCAGGCAAAAGCAGGUCCGAAGAUGCCACCUGGAGCGGCGCAGCGUGCUUUGCGUGGCCGGGGCCGUGGAAUGCCUCGCCGAUGAGAGGCUCUGCUUGAAGAAAGUACCAUAUCCGUGUAAUAUUUGCUCCCACGUGUCUUACCUUGAUAGAGAACUACUCACACGUCACCUUGUUGCGAACUUGUUGAACUUGAAGUGCCUCACUUUU